AUGAGUUUAACGAAUUCGCAUCAUGGAUCAUCAGUGAUAUCCCAAGCACAACAAGAAGAAGAGGUUCCUUCAUCAUCAUCAGCAUCGGAUGUUUCUUUGACGGUUUGCAAAACACAUGAUGAAGAGGAUGAUGAAAACAGCAAUAGCACUCCCCUAUCUGCCUCAACGGCAGCCUUGUUGUUAUCAUCUUUGCCUUUUGCUUCUCCCUCUUCGUUUGGUAGCAACAUAAAUUAUUUGACUCCCAAAUUCAAUCAUCAUGAUAAUAACAAUGAAAUUCAAACAACAAGCACAACGGAAACACCAUCUUCGUUCAUCGGAUUUGUAUCGCCCAAAAAAGAAGAAAUUGUAACGGAUCAUAAUCAUCAGAGUCUUCAUCAUCAUAACGAGCCACAACAAGAAGAAGAGGCUUUACAGAAGCAUGAUGUCAUUUCAUCUCCACCUACAGAAAUUCGAACGAACACAACAGCAAUGCCCACAACAACGCCGUUCAAUCCUCCAAACAUCUCUCAGCACUUAUCACCUCCUAAGAAGAACAAAAGCAUCAAGUUUCAUAAUUUUGUAGCUAGUAGUAGUAGCAACAAUAAUUCUCAUUCAUCGAUGAAACAGCAGACACCACAGAAAAAGAGUCAUGCUCCCACUGUUUUCCAAUUUUCAAAUUAUGAGCCAAAACAAGCCACCCCAAAUUCCAAUCAUGCCACACAGGCAUCAAAGCUGACGCAGCAGAGUAUGAUGAUGACCAUUCCUCUGCUGAAACCUCAACAACCUCAACAGCAAAGCACGGGUCCUCCCUCCUCCUCGUCAGCUAAUUCCACUGUAAACAUCUCACAACAACAGCCCGUAAAUCACCACCUAGGUCAAUUUAAAAUUACCGACUAUUCCAACAAUUACACCCAGCCACUGUCACACAUUGAUUAUCUUCCAUCAUCCAGUAUGAAAACAUUGGAAAACACUAAAAAAAGAAACAGCACCGGAAGUACCGAGUCUUCAUCCGCUCGAGUUUUGAAAAGCUCAAAAACAUCACUAGGUUCUACCACAACAAAUGCAACAUUUUCCAAUUUUACAAGCUCUGACUUUGAAGGCUACGUACCAAGUAAUAACUUGUCCAUUAAUGUUUCAUCCAAUAUCUCUUCUUCGAAAAGUAAUGCAGGAAUUUUAAUGUCUUCAUCUGCUGUUUCAACACAAGCCACGAGUAAGGAAGAUGUGAGAGGAAGCAGUGCGAAUCACGACCCCAACUCGAUCAAUAAUCAUACGACAGUGAAAACCCAUCCAGAGGACGUUACUAAAUUUGGCAAUGUUUCAUCCAAGAGCACAAACAAGCAAUCAUCAUCGCCUCCCAUUCAUACAAACACUGCCUCGUCAUCCUCAUCUUCAUGGACAUUCCACCCUUUCGACAAGACACACCAACCCAUUAAGGACCAGUCUACUGGGUUGACCUUUCAUGUUUUCACUCCAAAGAAGAAAUGA